AAUGUCGGAACUGCGUGUUGUGCUCCUCGGGCGGAAGCGCCUGUCCUGGGUUUUGCAGACAGAAGGUGCGGGCGGAGUAGGCAGCCGGGCGUCCUGGAGGAGGCGGAGGCGGCGGCAAAGCCCGAGGCACAGCCCGAGGCGCAGGAGGACGAUGAAGACGAAGAGGAGGCGCUGCCGCACUCCGACGCCGUGGACGUGUUCCAGGAGGGUCUCGCCAUGGUGGUGCAGGACCCACUGCUCUGCGAUCUCCCGAUCCAGGUUACUUUGGAAGAGGUCAAUUCCCAAAUAGCCCUAGAGUAUGGCCAAGCAAUGACCGUCCGAGUGUGCAAGAUGGAUGGAGAAGUCAUGCCUGUGGUCGUAGUACAGAACGCCACGGUCCUGGACCUGAAGAAGGCCAUCCAGAGAUACGUGCAGCUCAGGCAGGAGCGGGAAGGGGGCAUCCAGCACAUCAGCUGGUCCUACGUGUGGAGGACGUACCAUCUGACCUCUGCGGGAGAGAAGCUCACAGAGGACAGGAAGAAGCUGCGAGAUUAUGGUAUCCGGAAUCGGGACGAGGUAUCCUUCAUCAAAAAGCUGAGGCAAAAAUGAACCCCCAGACAAGGACAACUCUGUGCUGGUGACAAGCUCUUCCCCAGCAGGAAGCAGCCUUGGGCCACUGUCCCCUUGUCAGAGGAGAAUGUCAAAAUGUGCACAAGAGGGACUGUCUGAAUUCUGAGCCCUCAGGACAAGGACGAGAUGAGCCAGUGCUCAUGGCCUGAGCUUGACCCCUCCUUGAGCUUGAAACCCUCUCGUGGCAGAUCCCACGGGGCUGUGGCACUGGCCCUGUGUACAGAAUAAAUCUCUUUGCUUCUUAGUUUGAAAA